AUGUCCACGUGGAAGUCCAGGCUUGCCAAAAGACUGACACUUCCACCGGGAAGGAUGCAUCCAUUCCCCUGCUCCGCGCUGCUGGCUUGUUUUGGGAGCACGCGGGACAACCCUCCCUUCGACCAGCCCAGCGUGGUGGACGCUCAUGCCACUGUCCAUGGGCAGCCACAUGCCAAGACUGGCCGGCACACAGGUCCCACACCAGGGGAGGAAGGAGCCCUGGAGCAGCGAGAUGCCAGUUUACACACGGAGAGAAAUGGUGGUGCCAGAAGGAAUUCGAGUGACCACAGCACCGGUCAGCCCACUCGGCCACCUGAGGACUUGCCCAGCUCCCCAGACGGGGAAGCAACUCCCCUUCAGACGUCUAUCCCCCGACCAUCCAUCGUUGAAAUGCCAAUGGAAGCGGAGGGAUCCCAAGAAGAGCCUCACUGCCUUGAGUUGGGACAGAAGACGACAUCAGACAGCCCGCGAGAGAGUCCUGACCCCAAGGACACGUAUCUCCUCCCGAGAAACAUCAUGGCGGAACCCGACUACCUGGACGAUGACAACCCUGAGCUGAUCCAGCCCCAGAAGCUGAUCAACCCUGUCAAGAUGUCCCGGAACCACCAGGAUCUCCACCGAGAGCUGCUCAUGAAUCAGAAAAGGGGUCUUGCCCCGCAGAAUAAGCCAGAACUGCAGAAGGUGAUGGAAAAGCGAAAACGGGACCAAGUCAUGAAGCAGAAGGAGGAAGCGGCGCAGAAGAAGAAAUCGGACCUGGAGGUCGAGCUGCUGAAGCGGCAGCAGAAGCUGGAGCAGCUUGAACUCGAGAAGCAGAAGUUGCAAGAGGAGCAAGAAAAUGCACCCGAGUUCGUGAAGGUCAAAGGCAACCUCAGGAGGACGGGCCAGGAAGUGGCCCAAGCGCAGGAGUCGUAGGUGUGAGGCCGGAAGCUGCCCAGGCCUCCUGCCUGCUGGUCCUGGGCCCCGCGUCCAGCCCGGCCCGGCCAGCACUGUGACUUUAACGAGGAUUCGGUUCCCUUCUCCUCCACUCUGGGUGCACCAGCCGCCUGUGACCGUUACAGUUCCGAUUCGCCAAAUGAAGGACAUAAACCAGCGCGGACGUCGGAUAACGCACCUGUGCUCACGGGCGCCCACAGCAAGGCCACGGUCACGGAGGAGGAGGAGGAGAACACGGAAUCCAUGUUUGAAAGUGGCUUCGCUAUCGCGCCCAGGCUGCGUCCAGCUGAACACGGUUUCUUCCUCGGGACCCCAGGAUGGCCUCAUCGCUUCUCUCAUCACUGUCGGGGAAUCCAGUAGAUCGCCUUUAAGUGCCCUCGACGGAUGCGCUGCUCCCAAAGCUUGCAGGUCGCGGGUCAGGCAGCUGAAAUGUUCUCGUCUCCGUCUGCUUUCGCCUAUGUUCAGAUGAGCACCCUGCGUGACCAGGGCUCACCGCUGGCCCCGGCCCCCAUCCCGGCAGUGGGCGGGUGGGAAGGGUCAGAAAUCUGGAAACUUUUCCUGCUCAUAAACAUAAGUCGGCAAACAUCCUCCUUUGGUCUCCUUUGCGCUGCUUUGGACCCUGGGCGCUUCGCCGGCUCCAUGUGUGGCGGUUUUUGGAGAUUUCCUGCUGAGGUCUGAAAGCCGCCCAGCCAGGCCACGGGGGAAUCACGUCCAUCUGUCUGCGGCCCGGCUUCCGUGGCAAGAUGCAGGCUCUGGGGCUCUUGCUUCCCCUGAGAGCACAGCACACUGGCAGCUCACUGCUUCCGGCCAGCAGGUGCUCCUGGUUUGGGUGGGGGGCAGUUUCGAGACCACCCCUGGCAGUAUGUGGGUGCUCAGGGGAGUUGCUCCCAGGGGUGCCCGAGAGGCUGUGUGGUGUCAGCACGGGCCUGGGCUCAGCCACGCAUGCCCGGCGAGUGUCUUCACGCCAGCCUCCCUUCUUCCUUCUCUGGGGUUUUUAAUGUGAAGCAAACAGAGGCCAGCCUCUGGGGGCCCCUGGCGGGAGACUGGAUAGUGAUGAGACUCCAGGCUCCGCGGAUUCUGAGAAAUGAGCACACUGUGCUUUUCCUCUCCCUGUCCUCCUCACCCUGUGUCUAUGAGUGAGUCUCAGGAAAGCCAGGGGUGGGGAGAGGCCACUCGGCACCUCCCUUCACAGCCUACCCGAGCCAGCGCCGGUUAGGGCUGGCACCAAGAUUCUGCAGGCAACAUCCAUUUAAAUUGCAGUGACGGGCAGUCUGGAUGGUCUGGGGGUACAACCCAUUCUCUGUACAAACAGAUGGUUCGGCCAGUGAUUCCUGAUGCAUGUCCCUGGCCCCCACAGGGGCUCUCAAGUGCGGGGGCCUGAGCACUGGGGGCUGGCGGCUAGCACUGGGACGCUUUCGUGUCUGUAGCUGACAUUAGGCUCAUUCAGUCCCAAUGUGCAGAUAACAAAGUCGAGGGAGUGCAGCCACUGCCCCUGACCCGUGAUGCUGCAGAGCAAACGCCGUCCUGUCCAGGUUUGCUUCUGAGAGACGGCAUGGUGACCGGGGUUAGGCGGCGUUUGGGCCACAUCUGCCGACGCUUGGGAGUUACUCCAGAUUCGAUGCCUGGGGUUGCUCCCUGCAGUGCUCGGGGGACCAAGGGAUCAAAUCCAGGCUCCUGCUUGCAAACUCUGCCCUCUGACCCCCUGAGCCAUCUCCCCGGGCCCCCCACAUCCCACUUCUGAUCCUUCAUUGUCUGAAACUCUUUCUCCGUGGACACGGGCUGAUGGCUGUGACUUGUGCAGGGAAGAUUCAGGCAGGGCGAGCAUUGCCUGUCACGGGAUGUUGGCUCCUUUGGUCCCGCGUCCCUGAAUCCUUAAGCCACUGGACCACUUGGUGAAAUUUCCAGGAGCCCACACCUUCCUUGUGAAGGGCCGGUUCUUUUCCUCCGGCCCACUGAGAACUUCUCUUGGAAAAAAAAAGUAAAUCACGAAAGCCUUUUUCUGCCGGACCCCCCUUCUCCCCUCCCCCCACGCCGCUACAGGCUUCUUUGCAGUGAAUAGAACCAGGUCUGGUCGAAAGUAGACUUGUAAAUAGCGUUGGGAUGACUUAGAGCUAAGCAGGUUCAUGCGUUAGAGACGCUUGGCUCAGCUCUCCGAGCUUCUGGAGUCCCUCCAUCCGCUUCUGUUCCAUCCAGCCCAGGCGCCUGAGCUCCCAAGCAUCCGGCCAGUUUAGUGCUUUGAGCCACUUUCCCACCCAAAGGGCCCACUCGGUGGUUUUCUUACAAUCGUUCCGUAUCUCCUGUGUCCUGGUCAACCAGUAGGGUUGCUUCCUAAGCCAGAGCGGUCGACUUUAUCUUUCCAACGCCGAAAGAGCUGAACUUGGUCGAAUGUAUAUAAUAUAUAUAAAGGCAGCCUUAAUGGAUUUGUUUUCAUAAUUUAAUAUUUUUUGUAUUUGCUCUUGUAUAAUUGUUUUUAAUGGAAAGUAUUACAGAAUCGAGGAUGGAAUUCUUAGAACCAAAGUUAUUCUUAAUAAAAAUCACCACACACUUGGA